GGCUGGACUUCCUGCAGCACCCUAGGCGACUUAACCUCGAAACCCGUUUACCUGCUUUCCCUCCUAGGCCGGCUCCCAGGAUGGCCGAGGUGGAAGUCCAGGGCCGCCUAUGGCUGGAGAGCCCCCUUGGAGGGGCGCCCCCAAUCUUCCUACCCUCAGACGGGCAAGCCUUGGUUCUAGGCCGGGGACCUUUGACCCAGGUUACGGACAGGAAGUGCUCCAGAAACCAAGUGGAGCUGGUCGCAGAUCUUGAAAACCGGACAGUGGCAGUGAAACAGCUGGGAGUUAACCCUUCAACUGUGGGGAUCCAGGAGUUGAAGCCAGGGUUGGAGGGUUCUCUAAGGGUGGGGGACACACUGUAUUUGGUCAAUGGCCUCCACCCACUGACCCUGCGCUUUGAAGAGACUGGCACACCAGGAUCCCAGCCAGAUGCUCCACCCGGCACCCCUCCAGUGGCCCUGAAUGAAGAGGAGGAUGCUGAGCAGCAGAAAAAGCGUAUUCGGAAGUCAUCCUCCGACUGGGAGAACUUUGGAAAGUUGUUAGUGUUCACAGCUUCUGGGGUGAAGCCCCAGGGCAAGGUAGCUGGCUUUGAUCUGGAUGGGACGCUCAUCACCACACGUUCUGGGAAGGUCUUUCCUACUGGCCCCAGUGAUUGGAGGAUCUUGUACCUAGAGAUUCCACGGAAGCUCCAAGAACUGGAAGCAGAGGGCUACAAGCUGGUGAUCUUCACCAACCAAAUGGGCAUUGGGCGUGGAAAGCUGCCAGCAGAGGAGUUCAAGGCUAAGGUGGAGGCUGUGGUGGAGAAGUUGGGGGUCCCCUUCCAGGUGCUGGUGGCCACACAUGCAGGCUUGUAUCGGAAGCCAGUGACAGGCAUGUGGGACCAUCUGCAAGAGCGGGCAAAUGAGGGUGUGCCCAUCUCCAUUGAGGACAGUGUCUUUGUGGGAGAUGCAGCUGGACGUCCAGCCAACUGGGCCCCUGGGCGGAAGAAGAAAGACUUCUCCUGUGCAGACCGCCUGUUUGCCCUCAACCUUGGCCUGCCUUUCGCCACACCUGAAGAGUUCUUUCUUAAGUGGCCGGUGGCCAGCUUCCAGCUUCCUGCCUUCGACCCGAGGACUGUGUCCAUCUCUGGGCCUCUCUGCCUCCCUGAAUCCAGCUCCCUCCUGAGAUCCAACCCAGAGGUGGUGGUUGCCGUGGGAUUUCCUGGGGCCGGGAAGUCUACCUUCCUCACGGAGCAUCUUGUGUCAGCCGGAUACGUCUAUGUGAACAGGGACACACUGGGCUCAUGGCAGCGCUGUGUGACCACAUGUGAGACAGCUCUAAAGCAAGGGAAACGGGUUGUGAUUGAUAACACGAACCCAGAUGCCACCAGCCGGGCCAGGUAUAUCCAGUGUGCCAGAGACGCCGGUGUCCCCUGCCGCUGUUUCCUCUUCACUGCCACCCUUGAGCACGCUCGACACAACAACCGGUUCCGAGAGAUGACUGGCUCCUCACAUGCACCUGUGUCGGACAUGGUCAUGUUCAGCUACAGGAAGCAGUUCGUGGCCCCAACACAGGCUGAAGGCUUCUUGGAGAUCCUGGAGAUCCCCUUCCGGCUGCAGCUAGAGCCACCACUAGAGCGGCUAUACCGCCAGUUCUCUGAGGGCUGAGCUCUGAGCCCUGUUUGGCCCUGCCCCACAAUAAAUGCUAUUUUUCCUUAA